AUGCAUACCGACGGCAGGUCUGAGGCGGAGCGACUGCUUGGUAUCGCCGAGAAGCUCUUACAAGCUAAAGAUCUCAACGGCGCUCGUGAUUUUGCAAUUUUAGCUCAAGAGACUGAGCCCUUACUCGAAGGCUCCGAUCAGAUAUUGGCGGUAGUUGACGUCCUUAUCGCCGGUGACAAACGAAUUAAGAACCAAAACGACUGGUAUGCAAUUCUUCAAUUAGAAACCCGAAAUGACGAUACCGAUCUCAUCAAAAGACAGUAUCACCGCCUUGCGGUUCUUCUUCAUCCUGAUAAGAACAAGUACGUUUUCGCAGAUGCAGCGUUCAAGCUCGUUGCAGAUGCGUGGGCAGUGUUGUCCGAUCCCUCGAGGAAAAUUGCGUAUGAUAAUGAAUUGUUUGCGUUUUCAAAGGUAGAUCUAGUUAAGAAAGAUGGAGAGAAAAGGGAUGAUCAGCAUCAUCAAAUUUCACGUGAUAAGAUUUCGGUGAGACGAACAUCGGCGAAUAUAUGGACGGUGUGUCCGUUCUGUUACAAUAUGUACGAGUAUCCUAGGGUUUACGAUGGAUAUUGUUUGAGAUGUGUGAACUGUCAACGAGCGUUUCAGGUGGUGGUUAUACCUCCAUCUUCGUUGCCACCGACUGUGCCGGGAAAAGAAGCGUAUUACUGGUAUUGGGGGAAUUUUCCGAUAGGAUUUCCAUCCACCAAUUCAUUGCCGAGCGACAGGAACAUGCCGCUUGCAGGACCUGGUGAGGAUUCCGUCGUCGGGACUCCGCCAGUGGCAGAAAUUAGACACCCAACACCUCCGACUGCUGGAAGCAAAGUUGCUAAAAAGAGGGGUAGGCCGAGAAAGAAUCCCCUGCCCUAA